UACAACAGACCUCUUCGGUAGACUCGUGUGAUCUUUCAAGGUUACCGUGUGUGCGCGAUCGUUUGUGUCCGGUGUGCGGCCUUAACGAACUUCCUGCCGAAGACAAGUCAAGCCGCAGCUCCAAGUAACUGGUCGCUAGUGCCAACAGUAGUCGACAGUGGUCGACCGAUAAGUCAGAAACAGCAGCAGCAGCAGCAGCAGCAACCAGCGUCUGCCAGCGUGAAUCCGGUGAUGGAGAUCCGAGGGCUUCGGGUGGCGAUGGGUUGCCGGCGAAGGAUGGAUGGUGCCGUUGCGCUAAUGCUGAGCCUGCCGCCGAUGGUGGUGUUGCUGCUGUUGGCGCCCUUCCUACAGACAGUCGCCGGGCGGCAUCACGAGCUGGGCGUUGGUGGUGGUACGCAUCAGCUGUCGAGCGGUGGCGGAGUGACCGGUGGACUCGGAGGACUGGCGGUGGCCCAAUCGCAGACACUGCUGCCAGGAUCGCAAUCCAGUGCCAGUGGCGGCUCCUCAUCGUCCUCAGCGUCGUCGUCGUCGUCGUUGUCGUCGGCCGAAGAGGAGGAAGUGGCGCGGCUCACGCUCGGCAAGGAUGCAGAUGCCUUUUUUACACCAUAUAUAGGUCACGGUGAGUCCGUACGAAUUAUAGACCCCGAGCUGGGCACGCUCGAACGUGAGCACGUUGUCCACGCCAGUAAUGGUGGCGGUGGUGGUGGUGGUGGUGGUGGUGGUACGCCAUCACUUCGGCGGCGAGGUCUGACGAGGCGUGAAUCGAACGCAGAUGCUAGCGAUAAUGAUCCGCUCGUGGUAAACACGGACAAGGGUCGGGUACGGGGCAUCACGGUGGACGCCCCCAGCGGCAAGAAGGUAGACGUGUGGCUCGGUAUUCCGUACGCGCAGCCCCCAGUCGGUCCGUUGCGUUUCCGCCAUCCACGGCCGGCCGAAAAGUGGAGUGGAGUACUGAACGCAACGACGCCACCGAACAGCUGCGUCCAGAUCGUUGAUACGGUGUUCGGUGACUUCCCGGGUGCGACCAUGUGGAACCCGAACACACCACUCUCGGAGGAUUGCCUGUACAUCAACGUGGUGGCACCACGGCCACGGCCCAAGAAUGCUGCCGUCAUGCUGUGGAUCUUCGGUGGUGGUUUCUACUCCGGUACGGCCACACUCGACGUGUACGAUCAUCGGGCGCUCGCCUCGGAGGAGAACGUGAUCGUCGUCUCGCUCCAGUACCGGGUGGCCAGUCUUGGGUUCCUGUUUCUCGGUACACCGGAAGCGCCCGGUAAUGCUGGAUUGUUCGAUCAAAAUCUCGCCCUACGAUGGGUACGGGAUAAUAUCCACAAGUUCGGUGGUGAUCCAUCCCGCGUGACACUCUUCGGAGAGAGUGCUGGUGCCGUGUCGGUGUCGCUCCAUCUUCUGUCCGCCUUGUCGCGCGAUCUGUUCCAGCGUGCCAUCCUGCAGAGUGGAUCCCCCACCGCUCCCUGGGCACUGGUUUCGCGUGAGGAAGCCACGCUAAGGGCAUUGCGAUUGGCGGAAGCGGUCGGAUGUCCGCAUGACACCAGCAAACCGGGCGAUGCGGUCGAGUGUCUCCGUGGGAAGGAUCCACACGUGCUGGUCGACAACGAGUGGGGCACGCUCGGUAUCUGUGAGUUCCCGUUCGUACCGGUGGUGGACGGUGCGUUCCUGGACGAGACGCCCCAACGGUCACUCGCCAGUGGACGCUUCAAGAAGACGGAAAUCUUGACGGGCAGCAAUACGGAGGAGGGUUACUACUUCAUCAUCUACUAUCUGACCGAGUUGCUGCGCAAGGAGGAAGGUGUGACGGUGUCCCGCGAAGAGUUCCUGCAAGCGGUACGCGAACUAAACCCGUACGUCAACGGAGCGGCCCGGCAGGCGAUCGUGUUCGAGUACACCGACUGGACCGAGCCGGACAAUCCGAACAGUAACCGGGACGCGCUGGAUAAGAUGGUUGGCGAUUAUCAUUUCACGUGCAAUGUCAAUGAGUUCGCACAGCGGUACGCCGAGGAGGGUAACAAUGUGUACAUGUAUCUGUACACGCACCGUAGCAAAGGCAAUCCGUGGCCUCGCUGGACCGGCGUGAUGCAUGGUGAUGAGAUUAACUACGUGUUCGGUGAACCACUGAACCCGUCGCUUGGCUACACCGAUGACGAGAAGGGUUUCAGCCGGAAGAUCAUGCGCUACUGGUCCAACUUUGCCAAAACGGGCAAUCCGAAUUCGAGCCCGGCCAGCAGCGACAUCCCCGAGUGGCCCAAGCAUACGGCCCAAGGGCGACACUAUCUGGAGCUCGGCAUGAACACGUCCUUCGUCGGACGAGGCCCACGGUUGAGGCAGUGUGCGUUCUGGAAGAAGUAUCUACCGCAGCUUGUUGCAGCUACCUCGAACCUUCAAGUAGCACCACCACCAAGCGCACCGUGUGAAAGUGGCGCCUUUUUUUACCGACCUAAUCCGCUGGUGACGCUCCUGCUGGUUGCUCUACUGUCGCUGCUUACCUCGACCACACUCCGAGUCGUACAAUAAUCAUGGACGGUCUACGGGCUCCUGGCAAGUGGCCGUCAGCACCACUCCACUCCUCUCCCGUUUUCCUGCUAGUUCGUUUAAGCUUUAAGAAAAGAUAGUGAGGAACAAAUUCUCCAACCCCCCGCCCCCCUCUCUCCGUACCCCUUUAUUACACACUCGGUCCUUCCCUCCUCGACCCGUUUUUACUUCUGCAAAGCGAAAGCACCGAAAGCGAAUCAAACAAACUUUCCCGCACACGGAGGGAGGGGGGAAAGUAUUAGGAAUUAGAAAUAAAAGAAGCGCGUGGAUCAGACAGGCAGCCAGGCAGCCAGGCAACCAGGCAGGCGAUGGAAUAUGGUUUGGCGUUGAUCUGAGAUGGCGUUGCUGCAGCACUGCAGCUGCGUGGCCCACUCAGACCGCCAAAGGGGAAGGUGCCAGUCGUCGUUGCCGUAGCCGGCCGUAAGGGGGUUGGGGUGCCGCGAUGACAAAUAACCACGCACAGCUGCGUAAUAGUAUGAUAGGCUUAGGUUCCCCUUUAGGUGGCUGAUCACCUAGGCUGGUCGGCCUAAACAAAAUAAACAAAACACACACCACACACGAACACGAACACGAACACGGAGAGGAUCUGGUUCUGCAUUGCACACUCCCGUUCCUGGUGCUCAGGCCUCUCUGGCCUCCGGGAUUGAGUGGAGAGAGUAUAAAAUUUCAGUUGAGUUGUGCUUGAAAUCGAUUGCUACGUUGAUGUCCCAUUAGCCAAAUAUGUGAGCUAAAGUGUUCUGCCGGCCAGGAAUCGAAGUAGGCGACGCUAUGAUGACAGCACCUGUAUUCCAUUCUGUUUGAUCGCCAUGAUCGGUGAUGGCGAUAGUGUUGAACGAGCUAGCACCAUUAAAUAAUAUCUUUAUCUUUCUUACGCAACCUCAUUACUUUCACAGCUACACAAGCAAUCAGUUCUUUUUUAUUUUUGGUUCACAUUUCAACUCAAACUCUUUCACGCAAACUUAUCGGAACUUCGAAUUUCUCUCUAAUUCCACUUUAUCUCGCAAAACACUCCGAACAUGAACACAGGCACACAGAACAGAUACCACAUACACGGACACUGUCGACAGAGUAGUAUCUACAAUCAAUUAGACGUUACUUUCUAUGCUAGAUUAUACUAUUCAAGAGCCACAGGUGAAGGUGAGGCGGCAUCGUUGUACCCUAUUUCUACCAUCCUCACGAGCGAAAGAUGCUGGCAAAGUGGAUCCUAGUGCCGAGCGUAAGCGUUAAUGCAUAACCGUAAUAGUAGAGCGAUAACUAGUAAAUCAAUUCUGCCACAUACACUCACACAGACACAGUCAAACGCACACAGCAACAUAAGAAAGGAUGUCCUUCGACGACGAAAGGGAAAAGCAAAGUGCUUCACACACGAUGGAUCCGCUGGUAGCCAUCGCAGAAAGGGAAUUGUCAAUAAAAUAUGGAAAAAUUUAAUAAUAAAAAAAAUCAACUUGAAUAAAGAUAAUACUGAUGAAUGAACAGCCGAACACAGCGCAAACAACAGACGGCAACAGGCGACAACACUCCCCUAGUGCUAGCCUACCGUCUGCACACAUAAUCCGGUUGAUUGCUUGAGAAUUUGCGCUCCACAAAGCUCAACAGACACAACACUUUACACACGCAAACACAAAAUACACACAUAGUACGAAUAUUGAGUACGAAUGUAAGAUUCUAAGCAAAACCUCCUGCCCCCCCCCCCCUCCAAAAAAAACACAGCCUAGCCUCUCUCUAGUUUGUAGUAGCGUGGAAUGGGAGGCCGGGGAUGGGAAAUUCGUGGCGGUGUCAGCCUGGAGCACUGGCACACAAACCAAUCACAAGAGCAACAAACCUUCUAAAUCGCGAUCGAAAAACAAAAUAAGCAAACAAACGAGAAGAAUAGCCAGAAGACAACAACAAAAAGAAACGGGAGGGAAAAUGGAAAAACCGAAAACAUAUCAUACCUUGUAAUGCUGUUGCAAACUCUAAUGGUAUAAACUCUAAGCUCGACUCUAGAUUAAGGCAAAAUGGCCCCCGGCAGGGAGGGCACGGGGGGGGGGGGGGGGGUGGGGAAGGGGGCACAAGGCAAAAUGGCGUAGCACACAAUUCGUGGCAUUCAACUACCUGGAGCUCAAAUGCUAGCGACGCGACACACUGGUCAAACCCGAUCGGCCGGCAACAUUCACCCAACCAACCAACCAACCAAAAACAACAAGAAAAAAAAACACCCAAGUGAAGUUAAUGUUAAAACAAAAAAGAACUCUCUCUCUCUCUCUCUCUUUUUCGCCAACACCAGGCAUCCACCAGCCGCCACCAGCGAUGCCGACGAGUGUUCUUUCUCUCUCUCUCUGUGGGACACAUUCCAUGGGCAUUCCAUGAGGUUCCUUUACCGUCAAAACACUCCCAGUCAGACGGUACACGACAUGCGCAUGGCGAAUCGUUCUGGAGCGAUGAUCACGCAUGGCAUUCGGGCUCUAGGAGGCAAAAACGCAGCCAGACAACGUAGUGUUUAGGCGGGAGGGGAUGCCCGCAGUGGCCGAUAUAAUCAAACUUACUUAAGAUACGACUGUGCUUUAGGCUGCGCCAUUUAGAGAUGUAUCCAUUACCAUUUGCCAAUGUUGCACUCAAUCGUUAAGCAUAGAACCAGAAUUCUCGCCCCUGGAUGGUCUCACCAGCAUGCAGUUCAAGGCACGCCGAGCCGCUAAUACUCGCUAAUAACAGCUAGAAUACCAAUAGCUCUAACCAACAAGCGGGAUUAAGCGUGCACACAAUGGACGUGACAAAGCAUUUGCUGGUAGCUGCGAUGCGAUCGACUCGAGAAAAGAUCGACUGGAAGAUGGAUCGCUUAGAAACACCCCACACACUAGGCGUUCAAUGUAUCCUUCACGCGUUCUACGCGUAGUGGAAUAAAUGAAACGAAGCAAAACUAAAGACCAAAUCCAUGAGUCCAUGUCCUGUUGGAAAAGGUUGAGUCUGGCGGAUUAGCGGGGGCUUAAUCUGUACAAAAAAACAGCACCCACACGCAGACACACACUCGCAAAAUCACAGCCCGCCAGGAGAGGAGGAAAGCACACGCGGCAAUCACCAGAACAACACAAUCACCAAGUCCUACGGACCUCUUCCUCCUCCUACCUACUCAUUCCACCACAACAAAAAAAAACAACAAAACAAACGCUCUUAUCGCGCAUAAUUGUGAUGAUUUCUCUUCUCAAGUAAAACAGUGUUUCGACCAUUGUUUCUACAAAAGGAAGACAAAAACAAACCAAAAACAGAAACAAAAAACGAAUAAUUGAAAUAUGUCGGAGGAACAGAGCAAUCCGUGGAGUUGCUGUGGCCCGUGGAAACGUGGCGGCGUUCUAACGUUAACGGAGCAGCCAAACACAACACACUAGAUGCGUUUCGUGAGCGAUUAGUCGUUUCUAGGUUUGGAGUAGGCUCUGGACAAGAAACUGUUGGCAGUGGUUAACACUUUUCCACAAACACAGAUGCACGCAUGCACGCACGCACACGCGAACAUGCUCAUCGUGAUCGUGAGCAACGUUUAUCUUUAAACCAAAAGCAACCAAUUGAAUGCACCGGAAGCGGAAACUUAUGGUUUUUUUUUGCGAGGCUAAAGCAGCAAUUCGCGCCCGCUCCUUGCUGGUGCCAUCCAUUUGAUGUCCGUUAGUCCGUGAAGCGCCUCCUAUGUAUAAGCAUGCGAGCAGUCAGAACAGUAACCAAAGACCGCAUUAAAUUGCAGUCAUCGAGAGCCUGCGGAUGCUCCAGAUCCUUGCUUCCUCUUAACUCCUUGCUUCUUUCGCUCUCUCUCCCAGUCCACUACCCCUCCUUGUUGCUGCUUUCGAGGGAACCCGAGCCCCGCGAGAUCUUCCGUUGGCACCACACUAGAUGCACGUUGAAAAUGGACCAAUUUUCAAAAAAAAACCAAAACAAAUAACGGAAAACACACAAAAAAGCGUUAAAAGGUUAUCGAGAGGUCAAGAACUCCAAAUCCACAUGAGGAGGUAGCUGGAUGUAAUGGGAAACAUAGUGGAACCCCCGGGGGUCGUUGCACGCCACUCAGCGCCAGAUAUGCACUUGCUAGCCUUCGCCCCUUUUUUCCUACACUAGAAGUAACCGGUAGGGCCAGUACGAGCCACUAGGUUGGUUUGGAAGGAAAGGGGACUACGUGAUUGUAAAAAAGGGGGAAAACACCCUUGGCUAUCCCUUUGCCAGCCGUCGUAGACAGUUUAAGUGAGAUCGUCGGUGGCGUGGGAUUCAACGAACAAUAAAAAAGGUUCUUUAGGCGUCACCCAGGACGGCCUCAGGCGGCUCAUCGAUAGUGAUCGUGUGCGACGGCAUCGUUCUGAUGCUCGGUAUGCAUAUAUCUAUACAUAUAUAUAUACAUAAAUAUAUACACGUAUAUAAGUUUAUCGAUCCAACCAGCCAGCCAGCCAGCCAGCCAGCCAGCCAGCUACGUAAUCGUAUAAUCGAUCGCAACUUCAUUUCGAACCUCACGGUGCCGUGCUAGUGCGCGUGAAGUUUCCCGUUUUCCGUUUACCGCAGGACUUUCGUUUCGCGUUGAUGAUUAUUGAUCAGGAUGGCAUCAAUGCUACUUUAUGUUGUACUGCUUACGCAUCGCGGAACAGAAUGCAUGCAUCAAUCAGUAUAGUGCAAUCCCUUCUGGUCCUAGUCCGACGCGCGUUGAUACAACGAGAAACAAACAAAAAAAAAACUACGGGAACGUGGCUGUCGCUUGCUUGCUUCAUCACGUGCGCGCUAGAGUGUGGUUUGUGUGUUGUGUGUAGUGUUUACUAGUGUAGAGCCUGCCACCCUGCCCCAAAACCAAAAACCAUGAAGUCCGCACCAAACUAGUAGCGGCCUGCGGAGGUUUUUGGGGCGCCAUUCGCAACUGCAAAGUGCUGCCGUGCUGGCUAAAGACGCCAUCACCAUACACGUAGUGGUAGUAAUAGUAGUAGUAGUAGUAGUAGUAGAAGUAAAAAAAAGUAGGAUAUUCUAGCGAGUCAGUGAAAACGGAAGGAAUGCGCAAGAGAGAGAGAGAAAGAGAGAGAGAGAGAGAGAGAGAGAGAGAGAGAGAGAGAGAGAUAGGGCGAAGGGAGGUUGACGAGCGGUAGGAGAUAAUGUUCAUAAUACAUAUCAUUUAAGCUUAGAGUUUAUGACCAUUUUAUGAAAUGUAUAUUUUUAUUAUUAUAAAAAAGCAAGGGACAAAUCUUUGAUGACGAAUGUUAAGGUCGCGGUGAAUGGUGGAGUAGUGGAGGAUUAAAAGUAACUCCUUCCUCCUCCCUGCCCAGCAUCCCAGCAGGCUCGCGUCAGUGAGCGAAACUAGAAGCCAGCGCUAGCAGCAAAAUGGUAGAGAGCUAAUCGUGCCCGUGCCAAGGACACGUGGUUAGAAUUUGGGGCAGAGGUGCAGUGCGAGGAAAAACGAUAACUAAAAUGGAUCAUAUAGCUCUAUAUGCAUAUACAUACUAUAUACUGCAGAUCUAAUCGCCAUCGUCGCUAGUUUCGCCAGACGAGCGCCAGACGAGCGAGGUUUGCGUUUGGUUUGGCUUUACCAAUCUGUUCUUAGUUUCAACCCAAACCGAUCGGUUUAUUACCGCAAUGGCGCAACGCUGGAUCUGCUCUUUCUGUCGCUUAAAACGAACCGAUCUGCAUGGCAUCUAUCGCUUUGAAAAUCGAAUAGACAAAGCAGUUAGCAAAUUGUAGUAUUCUAGCGAUUGCCUCCAGUUCGACUCAACUGCUCUCUCUAGUUUCAAUGUUACUCCCUAUUUGAGCUUCUUCGUCUCCUGGUUAUCCACCUUCUCUUCGGAUGGAAGCAAUGCUUAUUCAACUUCGCGAAGAGAGUUCACGACACGCGGCAUUCCUUCCAUCCAUACCUUGAAGUAACGUUAGAACGUGUAAAACAAUCCUAAGCAAACUGCACCCGACCGAAAAUCGCGCGACCUAAGCCAGUCCUCCUUUCACGUUUAACCUGUUCGGCUGGAGGGAAAUGCUGGGAGUAGGCGGCGUAUGUUAUAGGACAUUAGGACACGUGCACUGCAUGUAGACGUGCAUGAGACUAAAGUAGUAGGCCUAAUGCGUUGUAAGAUCUUUCGUCAUGUGCCGUUUGCUGAAAGGCACACAUCUACUCUUCUUUCUUUCUCAAUGAUCUCCUUCACAAUUUCACAGAAACAACUACACCGACCGAGAUACACAAACAGUACAUCUGCAAACGAUAGUUGAGGGUGGAAGAGAGGCGCCACGCCAACUAUUGUGCAAUAGCUCAUAUCGAACACCAUGUUUAAAGCGGUCGGUUAAUACAACAAAUGAUCAGCAGAUCUCCUUUACACGUAUAGGCUUCUUGCUAUAGCAAUUAUCGUAUGUAGUAUUCAUUCGGUGGCGAUGAACAGUAUUUGGGGUCGUAUCGGGGUGCGGUGAGGAACGGUGGUGUUGGUGAUGGCGGUGGUAAUAGUGGCGUUGGAGCUGGUGGUAGGGAAUCAUCAUAUUAUCUAUAGGGAUCCCAAGGCCGCACAGAAUGAAUGACAAAAAAAACAAAGAACCACAAACCUAAUCUUUAAAUUUCCUUACAAUUGCAUUCUACCAGCAAAACAUGUGCCGCAUAGUUUGGUCCUUCGGCCUUCCUCUCGGCUCGGCUGGAUCUGCUGCUGUACAAUGCAACACAAGAGAAAUGUACGGGCUACGAUUUUUCACACAAAAGAAUCGGAUAGAAAAGCAAAUAAGAAACGAAAGAUUUAGAAGCAGAAGAAGAGGAGGCGAAACUGACGGUUCUAGAAGAAGAAAAAAAGUGGGAAUGCAAACGAUAGGUGGCAACCGGCAACCGUGUGUAAAAGCACAUAAAUGCACGAAUAAUUGAUGAAUGAAUUCCAAACUAGUAGCACUGAAACGAUUUUUCUCAUUUUCUAGUUCCGCUUCUACGUUUCUAUUACAAAGAUACAGCUAGCAAAAUGGCAGCAACAGUAGCAGUUUUAUUGGAAAGAAGACGAGUAACAAAUUCUUAGGAUAUAUUAUCAUGAAAGUAAAAAAAAAACAAAGAAACAAAAAGAUAAACAAGUCAAUCGGUAUUACUGAAGGUAUUAACUAAGGAGCGAUAACGGCGC